AUGUCAACUAGGGAAGUGGACAUUGCAUGGGAACAUUGCACCCAUGAGGGUGAAGGAAAAAAGAAAAGGGCAAAGUGUAACUACUGCUCAAAGUUGGUAUUGGGCAUCAACAGGUUUAAACAACACCUAGCUAGAGUAGGGACAGAUGUUACAGGUUGCCCUAAUGUACCUGCACAGGUGUCCCAUGAAACACUACAGAGGCUUGUCCAAAAUUUUGAGCAAAAGGCUGGCCAGGUUUCAUUUGGAAGGGCACAAUCAAGAGACCACCAACCAAAUGCUAGUGGUCACCCAGUUUCCACCUUUCCCCACCUUAAAGUAGCUUAUAAGGGAAUAAUAGGAGCAUGCAGUGAGGAAGCUGUACUUGCAGUUUAUCCUGGUUGUCAGUUAGAUCCUUGCGAGACAUCUGAGAAUGCAGUGCAGGCAGUUGAAUCUCAUGGGGAUGACAGAGUAGUCAUUCCCAUAAAAAAUUCAUUGGGUGGGAGUUUUGAUGAAAACUACGAUUUAAUCAAUUCUCACCAGCUGCACAUUGUUGGUGAAGUUGAAGUAUCCACCAACUUCUGCCUCCUAGCACGACCUGGCGUCAAACUAGAACAGUUGAAACGUGUUCUAGGACAUCCACAGGCACUUGGGCAAACCAAAACGUUCCUGGGUAACCUCGGUGUUGAAAAAGACAUUGUUAUUGAUGAUCCAUAUUAUGCUCAGCUUAUACUAUCAUACAAGCAAGAAACCACUGGUCUUGUAAUUGGUACCGCCGAAGACCACACUGGUGUAAUCGGAAGUGAAAAAGCUGUUGGAUUAUAUAACUUGCACGUAGUUGCAAGAGGAAUCCAGGACGGGAAUAAGGGAAGUAUUACCCGUUUCUGGAUACUAGCUAGAGAUCCUAUAGUUCCUACAAAUGACGGGUCCUUCAAAACGAGCCUUGUUUUCACUCUGCGAGAAAGCCCUAAAGACGUCCAUAAAGCCCUUUCAGUAUUUGCAACUAGUAAAACAUUUAAGCUCACAAAGGUUGUGAGCAGGCCUCAAAGAAAUGUGGCUGAUAGCUCCACUGAAGGGACUGCUGAGUGCUUUGAUUAUCUCUUUUAUGUUGAUUUUGAAGCCAUGGCAGAGACAGAUGUAGAGUUUGUUUUCAGAAAGCUUAAGGAAUUGGCUACAUCUGUUCGUAUACUUGGCUCAUACCCAAUAAUAGAGGUCAACCAUGGUGCUCAAUGACGGACUCCACUAACUGGCUACUCGACGAAUUCAAUAUAUUUUUGUAAUUUAUUCUGUGUUCAUCUUUUUUUUUCUUGUU